AAAAAUAGCAGUCAAAGCAUAAACACAAAUUUUUUUAAUUAACUUAUGAAAAAUGGACGGAAACGGCUGCUUUGUGUGUGGAAACGAUUGUAGUAAUUCUACGCUUGUGUUGAUUAAUUUAGAGACUAAAAAGUACAAAACAAGAUACACAAUUUUAAUUGGAAAUUUAAUAAAUAGUGAAUAUGAAUUGAGGAUUUCAAAGAGUGAUAAAAUAUGUGAAAAAUGCUCAGUUCUAAUAGAAAAGUAUGAUGAGCUACAGUACGAGACGAAGACAGUCAAGAGCGUCCUUAGUCGACAAAUAGCCAACACAUACAGCAUAGAAACAGAUGAGGAGCUUGUGUAUAUGGACAAAUCCAAAAUUUUCUGUGAGCUUCGUUCCAAUGGAAUUGAUGAUUCAAAGAAAUAUUCCUGCAAAGUAUGUCCAAAUUUUGUUACAACAUGUAUUGAUACAGUCAAUUCGCAUAUUAUCUAUCAUAAGAUAAUAGAGGAAGAGAAGCAUACUUUAAAUAAUACUAUAAAGGAAGCAAAAAUGGCAACAACAAGUAAAUCUCGAGUGCAACAAACUGCGCGGGAAGUACCAAAAAUACCUGAAAAAGUCAAAUCGUCAAGUUCUGUAGUAAAUGUUACAAUUAACAACAUCCAGGAAACUCAACAAGCUCCAAAACAGCAACAACAUCAACAGCUAUCUGCUCAAUAUAGUAUAAAUAGUGGAUCUCAAGAGAUUGAUCAAGACACUCUGGAUUCACUAAUCGAUAUGAGCUUACUGGACGAUGAAUUCUAUGACUCAAAUCUAAAGGAUCAUAAAUGUGCUGUGGAAUAUUGUACAGAAACUUUUGCUUAUGCAUGUGACUAUGUCCGGCAUUUGAAAUUAAAGCACAAGUCUAAUUUGAAUCAUAUAUUUUCGGCCUUAAAAAGCAAUCUUAAAAGACCAAAAAAGAUAUCAAAAUUUAUGUGUCCAUAUUGCUUCACUAAAACAAGUUCAAAUGAGCAACUUGAAAUGCACGUGAAGCAGCACGAAGAAAUAGCUGGAAAACCUGCACAAUUAUCCGAGAGAAUUGGAGAUUUCGUAGCGAGUCUAAUGCAAGCAUGUCGCUGUACAAUAUGUGAUUGUGAGAUUCUUGAUCCAACAGAACUCGAAUGCAAUCACGAAAUAGUUAAAAACGGAAUGGCACCGAAGUUGAAUUGUAUUUUCUGUGAUUGCUAUUUUUACAAUGAAAAGCUCUACAACAAUCAUCUAGCUCUAGUUCAUACACAAUGCUUCGUCUGCGGAUCUGCAUUCAAUGAUAACAAUGUCCUUAAUGAUCACAUAUGUUCUCACUUGAGUCAUUCUGAAUUCGCUUGUCUAUUCUGUAAAGACAUUUAUCAAACCAAUAAGAAUCGGCUAGAUCACAUGAAAUCAAAGCAUUCGGCAAACUGUUGCUCGUACUGUGAUGAUUGGUAUAAAAAUACAUCAGAACUUGAGCACCAUUUGCGUUAUUCUCAUGCUGACAAGAGAUAUAAAGAGCAGAAAUCCAGCAUUUGUGACUAUUGUGGAGCUACAUUCAAGAAUAAACAGUUGUAUGAAGUCCAUUUACAAACAGAUCACAAGACACGCAAGAUCUAUAAAUGCUCUACAUGCAAACAAGAUUUUCGGUUUCGAUAUUUGCUAAUGGAUCAUGUUUCAUGUGCCCACAAUCGCACAAUAAUUGACAACGAAGUCAAUUUUUAUAAAUGCUGUUUCUGUAUGAAAGGAUUUCCAUCACAAAAUCGGAAGCUAUUUAUCGAGCAUCUCGAAAAACAUCAAUCGAAUUCGACUUUCUGUUUUGACUGUAAUACAAAUAUUGAAUCUGUUCAGUCUUUAGAGUCGCAUCGUGAAAGAUUCCAUCAAGAUUUUUCAAAAACAGUCGAUAAGUCCGUUGUUGCUGAAAAUUCUAAAAGACAUGCAAAUGUGAAGCAAAAUAAUAAUGGCUCGAAAAUGACUUUUGUGCCAGCAACUAUAAAUCAUAAUAAAUUAGCUGGAAAAAAUGAGUUGUCAACGCAACAAUCGACGAGAACUAAGCAACGUCCAAUAAGUGAAGUCAUACCUCAACAGCAUAAUGUACAAAUUGCUGCAACAUCACCAAAACAGCCUCAAUAUGAAAUAAUAAAUAACCUUAAUAUUCAGGAAGAAGCGCAGCAACAAACACAGUCUCAACAAAUAAUGAUCCAGAACGAGGACGGAAGUUUCCUAAAUAAUUUGAUCCUGACUGAAAAUGGUGAAUUGAUUAUACAGAAUUUAGAUGGGCUUUUACCAAACGGACAGGAGUCUGAUGAAGGCACACAAAUUCAAAUUAGUAAUUUAGAGCAGUUUUUAAUGGAGCAAGGCUUAUCGUCAAACACAGAAAUAUCUUACAUACAGCCAGACAUUAUAUCUGAUGGACAAGUUGUCAUACAAAGUGAUGAUGGAACCACACAAGAAAGCUUGAUGCAAACUUAUAAGGAAAUUUUUGAGCCUGAUGAUGAAAUUACAGCCGAACUAAUAGAUUCAUCAGAUGCACAACAAAUGGAACAUCAAACACAAAAUAUUCUUUUAAAUGGUGAAUAUGUCUUGCAAACCCCAUCAAGUACUUCUCAACAAUUAACACAACAACAAACGAAGGCUAAUAAUAACAAUAAUGUCCUGCAGGCGACAAUUGAACAUGUCGAUGUAGGAAAUGCUCAAGUACUUGAUGCUGCCAAUCAGUCUACUUUAGAUGAACUUGGUGAUAUCUUGCUGGAAGUAGCGGCCGCAGCAGAGAAGGAAAAGAAACCCAAAGCAGGCGAUCCAAAUCAGAAAGUAAUGAGAGAAACUUUGUGGGGAAAGAAACGUCCAGCAGAGCCUUUUCGUGAAGCUAAUGCCAAGCGAAGAAGUACAAAACAGCUAGAGAUUCUGCCUGAAACUGAAACGCCAGCUAGAAACUUUUCUCAAGCAUAUGAGUUCUUCGUGAAAGGCUUUGAUGCUAAAAAGCAAAAACAACUUUAAGUCAUUGAUAUAAUUACACAAAGUUGAUCUCUAGACUAUAAAUUCUUGUAUUAAAUUCUCUUUAGUGGCCUUUCGCAAGAAUAUCUAUAAAGAAUGGAGAACUGUGUACAUACAAUUCAUUUUAAAGUAAUCAUUAAGGACAUAUUUUUUUUUUUAUAUCAAUAUCAACUUAUAAUUUUGAAAAUUUUUGACUUUCAAGCAUUAAAGUAAUUUCUUUCGAUAGUUUUUAAGGCGAAAAUCUAAUGAUUAAUUAAUUAUGACCCUUUUAUCACUGUUAAUUGUAUAGUUUAAUAAUGAAAAUACAAUGAUUUGUAGUUAUCUAGUGAAACAUUUGGGAAAUUCCAAUAAAAUGAUUAUAAUUUCUUGUGCAG